AGUUUUUAAAACUUGAAACAAAAAAUCAUAGGUUUUAAAAUAUAUAAUUUUAAAAUUUUUUGUUAUUUAAUAAAGUUUCAAUAACUGGAUUUGUGAAAAUUAUAAAAAGUGAACAUUAGUGAUUGUAUUAAAAAAUUUCCACAAAAUAUGACGUAAUAAGUGGAAAAUAUCGUCUGUGUAGUGUGGAAGAGAUUCUGCGAUAUCAAAAAAUAAUAAAAUUCACUCAAAAAAACCUACAAAAUAACUUCAAAUCCAGUUCGAAUUUCAAAAUGACUAAAAACAACACAAAAGCAAUUUUAUCUCAACAUAAGAUAAGUCUCAUAAAGUACGGCCUUUCAUCGCUGAUUGUAAUCAUAACUUCAUGUGCCAUAGCAAUCAUUGACCCUUUAGAAAGAAUUAUUGAAAGUCAACUACAAGUGCGGCCUGGCACGUACCUCUACAAUGUGUGGGAAAAACCACCGCUAGAAGUAUUCUUAAAAGUUUACAUAUUCAACAUCACAAACAGCGAAGAGUUUCUAAAUGGAAUUGAUAAGAAAUUAAAAGUUGAAGAAGUCGGUCCAUAUGUUUAUCAGGAAUUUCUUGUUAAUGAUAAUGCCACAUUUCAUGAGAAUGGCACGAUGAGCUACGUGCCUAAACGACAUUGUGUCUUUGUACCUGAGCGAUCGAUUGGAGAUCCAAAAAUGGAUUUUAUCAUGGCACCAAAUCUUGUUGUUCUUGCUGCAUCAACAGCAUCAGCCAAGUUAUCGACAUAUGCUGCUUUUGGCGUGUCCAUGUUGAUUAAGACAAUGAAUGCGAGGCCAAUUAUAAGACUGACUGUUGAUGAAUUUAUGUGGGGCUAUGAUGAUAAAUUAGUUAAGCUAGCAAAUAAUAUUGUACCUAAUUUUAUAACUUUUGAGAGGUUGGGGAUUUUGGAUCGGCUAUUCGAUGAAGGCCACAACGUAGUUUCAAUGAUUUUACCAGAAGGUAUUGAACUUCUGAAUAGAAAAAAGCUUCAAGAGGAGAAAGAGAAGCAUGAAAUAAGAAUGAAAGAAAAGCGAACAAUUGAAACAGAGGAGCAUGUGGAGCCGCUUGAAAACAGUCUUGCAUCUGCAAUGGUGUCUGAAUCGGUUUCGGACGUAGAAUAUGAUGAAGAUUAUGAUCGAUUUAAUGAGAUUCCAGCAAUGGAUUUGAAGGUUGAAGAGCCAGAAGUGAUUGAGGAUGAGAAGCCAGUCAAAGAUGAUAUUAGGGAGUAUGCGAUUGAUAUGUGGAAUGGCUCGCCGGGCUUGAAAGCUUGGGGUUAUAAUAACAGUGAUAAUAACUAUCCAUGCGCAGUCCUUCGAGGUGCUUACGAUGGAACUCUAUUCCCAAAGCGCUUCAAAAAAGACGAUAAAUUCUUCAUCUACCGCAAGGCAUUUUGUCGCAAACUAGCCAUCCAUUAUUCUCACACCGCAAAACUCGAUGGUAUUGAGGCGUAUUGGUUCAAAUUAGCCGAUAAUGCGUUUGAUGAUAAAAUUGAUGAUCCGGAAACAAUUUGUUAUUGCAAUGGAGAGAAGAUGUGUCCGAAGCGUGGUUUGGGGAAUAUAACACCUUGUUAUUAUAAUCUCCCAAUUGCCGUUUCACUUCCGCAUUACUACAACUCCGACCCGACACUUUUGAAGGAGAUUGAUGGUCUACAUCCGGAAAAGGAGAAACACGAAUCAGUGAUUGCAAUGCAGCCUAGACUUGGAGUUCCAAUUAAAAUAACAUCACGUAUUCAGCUCAACUUGAUGAAUGGCGAGACGAAAUUUAAUACUCAGGUGAAGAGAUUUGACCACUUGACGGUGCCGAUUGUGUGGAUUGAGUGUGCUGUCGAAAGGCUCCAGUUCUCCCUCAAUAUAAUCCUAAUAAUAGCAUUCAUAAUCCUACCGAUCAUCCAGAAGCUCAUCAUUUACAUCCUAGCAUUUAUUGGAGCAGCUGGUAUUGCCUUAUGUGCACUUAAAUACUUCCUAUUUUGCGACUUACCUGACAACAAAAAGUCAAUAAAAUAUUCUGCUGUCUUUCCAUACAUUAAACGUGAAAUGGCUAAGUUUGAGGAUAAGGAACGAGACAUCCUUCAACGUGUGGAUUCAGUCUAAUGAAAAAGAAUCACGUUUAAGAUUCACGAGUAUGGAUGCCAACGUUCUGCACUUUAGUCUAAUGUAUAGUUGUAAAAAAAAUUGUGAUACUUUAGGUUUUAAGCAGGUUUAAGGUAAAUAAUUUAAUAGCGAAAAAGUCUUGCUUAUUUUUUUUAUAUUAUUUUUAAGUUUCGCCUGUCGAAUAGCAAAAUUGUCAAGAAAAAAAAUUCUAUUUUGUAAAACAAAAUUCAAUAGCUUUAGAGCUUUUAAAGCUUAAAAAUUCGAAAAUGUGCAAUCCGAAUUCAAAAAUGAAUUUUUGUAAUUUUUAAACAAUAUUAACUUAAUUAUUUUUAAUUUUUUUAUAUGCUUCGGAUACUAG